GAUAAGACUGCAUCCAUUAAUAGUUAUAUGCUUGGGUUGACUGUAGACGGCUUCAUCUCCUUCCUCUAUAUGUAAGAACCUUAACAGAGAAGGGAGUCUGACCCAAAAGCAAAAAAGAGAGAGAUGGGAAGUGAUGAUCAACAUCUUCCUUUGUUUGAAACAAAAACAGCUAGAGGAAGAGUCGUCUACAGAGUAUUUGCAGCUACUGUGUUUGCAGGCAUAUGUUUGAUAUGGGCUUAUAGAUUGAGUUACAUACCAAGAGAAGGAGAAGAUGGGAGAUGGGUUUGGAUUGGAUUGAUUGGUGUUGAGCUUUGGUUCGGUCUUUACUGGGUCGUCACCCAGGCUCUCAGGUGGAACCAAGUCUACAGGCGCACCUUCAAGGACAGGCUCUCUCACAGGUACAAGAAUGAGUUACCUGGAGUAGAUGUAUUUGUGUGCACGGCAGAUCCCACAAUAGAACCACCUAUAAUGGUGAUGAACACUGUUUUGUCGGUUAUGGCUUAUGAUUAUUCAUCGGAAAAACUUGGCAUCUAUCUUUCCGAUGACGGCGGAUCAGAACUUACUUUUUAUGCUUUCUUAGAAGCAUGUAACUUUGCAAGAUAUUGGAUACCUUAUUGCAAAAAAUUCAACGUGGGACCAAGGUCACCUGCUGCUUAUUUUGUCUCCAUUUCUGACCAACUUGGUUCCCGUCUUACUACGGAUUCGGACGCCAUCAAGAUCAAGAAAUUAUAUGAAGAAAUGGAAAAACGGAUUGAAACUGCAACGAAGCUAGGUCGAAUCCCUGAGGAAGCACGCCUCAAACACAAAGGAUUUUCACAGUGGAAGCCCUACUCUUCGCCACGCGACCAUGAUACCAUCCUUCAAAUUUUAAUAGAUGGAAAAGAUCCAAAUGCCAUAGAUAUUGAUGGGUGUCGAUUGCCUACUUUAGUAUACCUCGCUAGAGAGAAGAGACCCCAACAUCAUCACAAUUUCAAAGCUGGGUCCAUGAAUGCAUUGAUAAGGGUUUCGUCAAAGAUUAGCAAUGGGCAGAUUAUUCUCAAUCUAGACUGUGAUAUGUACUCAAACAGUUCACAAUCCCUCCUGGAUGCUCUCUGCUUCUUCAUGGAUGAAGAAAACGGCCAUGAAAUUGCUUUUGUUCAAUUCCCACAGAGUUUCGAAAAUGUUACCAAGAAUGAACUGUAUGAUUCGUUGCGAGUAAUUAGCAAUGUGGAAUUUCAUGGGGCGGAUGGUUUUGGGGGCCCUCUGUAUGUUGGAACUGGGUGCUUUCACAGGAGGGAUACUCUCUGUGGAAGGAAAUUCACACAGGAUUGUAAAAUUGAAUGGAAGAGAGAUGAUGAUCAGAAGAGACUACAGAGUGCACAAGAAUUAGAAGAAGAAACAAGGCCUCUUGCAAGCUGUACUUAUGAGCAAAACACUCAAUGGGGAAAUGAGAUGGGACUGAAAUACGGAUGUCCAGUGGAGGAUGUAAUUACAGGGUUGUCAAUCCAAUGCAAAGGUUGGAAAUCAGCUUAUUUCAAUCCAGAAAGGAAAGCAUUCUUAGGGGUUACAGCAACCACCCUGCCUCAGACGCUAGUACAGCAUAAAAGAUGGUCCGAAGGUGAUUUCCAGAUUUUGCUUUCCAAGUAUAGCCCUGCAUGGUAUGGAUAUGGAAGUAUUUCCCUUGGGCUUCAACUUUGCUAUUGCUGCUAUUGUCUCUGGGCUCCAAACUGCCUAGCAACCCUAUACUACACCAUUAUUCCUUCACUUUAUCUCCUGAAAGGCAUAUCCUUGUUUCCACAGGUCUCAAGCCCCUGGUUCCUACCAUUUGCUUAUGUGAUAUCUGCUAAGUACAUUUAUAGCCUAGUUGAAUUCCUGUGGUCUGGUGGCACAAUCCUGGGCUGGUGGAAUACCCAACGAAUAUGGCUAUAUAAAAGAACAACCUCCUAUCUCUUUGCCUUCAUUGAUACCAUUUUAAAGAAGUUAGGAUUUACUGAUUCAACAUUCAUAAUCACCGCCAAAGUUGCUGAUGAAGAAGUAUUUCAACGGUACGAGAAAGAGAUAAUGGAGUUUGGAACUUCCUCUCCAAUGUUCACCAUUUUAGCUACACUUGCAAUGCUGAAUGUGUUCUGCUUCAUUGGAGCGGUGAAGAGAGUGAUCAUGGUUGACAGUAUUUUUAGUAUCUUUGAGGCAAUGGCUUUGCAAAUUCUUCUUUGUGGUGUUCUGGUUCUCAUCAACUGGCCUUUGUAUCAAGGCCUUUUCCUAAGAAAGGACAAGGGCAAGUUGCCUAGUUCUGUAGCAAUUAAAUCAUUUGUAUUAGCUCUUGUUGUUUGCGCCAGCUUCUCUCUCAUGUAUUGAGUUCUUUUAAUUUUAUCUUCAUUAAUUAUCACAACAUUUCUUUUGCA